GCUCGCGACCGCGCGUACAUAAUGCCGAUAAGGCGCGCUCUGUUGUCCGACGCUUGAAACCGUUUCAAAAUGGGGCUGGUGUUUGUGUUGCUGAUGGCGGUGGGGUUGGGCGGUGGCGGGUGCAGCAAGUACAAGCCCGCGGCUAUACAAUCCAAUAAUAAAUUAGUGCAUAGCAGCAUUGAUAACACUGAACCGGUGCUAGUUUUCUCGAUUUUCCGACAUGGCGACAGAACACCGGACCAAGAGGAACUGGAUAAAUAUCCGGCUGAAGAGAAAAGCGACAAACUUUUCUUUCCAUUUGGAAAGAAAGCUCUGACCAAUAAAGGCAAACAGCGUGGCUUCAAGGUCGGGGAGUACCUCAGAGACAGAUACGACGAGUUCAUCUCUCAACUGUAUCUACCAGAUGAGAUUAAGAUUCGAACCACGGACUACGAUCGUACAAAGAUGACGGCAUUGACGGCAAUGUCAGCGUUGUACCCUCCCCUGCCACCACAGCGGUGGAACCCAGCACUUAAUUGGCAACCUGUACCGUACGACACGCUCGAAUAUCAACACGAUGACCUCCUGUACUGGUACAAUUGUCCUCGUUAUACAAAACUGAGGAACAGCGUGUACGAAUUACCCGAAGUUAAAAAGUGGAUAGAGCCGUAUGAGAGUUUUUACUCUUAUUUGAGUGACAAAACUGGCACAAACAUAACUACCCCCGAAGAUGUUUUCUUCUUAGAUAACCUGUUUCAAACUUUAGAAAAUGUUGGAGUUAAACCGCCGAAAUGGGCGCAAGAGGUAAUGCCGAAAAUCAAAGAGAUGACAAAAAUUGAAUACGCCAUAGAAUACUACGACGAUGAUUUGAUAAGACUAGCUUCAGGUGUACUUCUAGGAGACAUCGUAAAUGCAUCAACAUUAGCAGUGGCCGGUGAUUUGGAUCAGCCGAAAAUGCGAUUGUAUUCUGCACACGAGAACAACGUGGCUGGCUUGAUGGCUGCAGCUAGGGUGUUCCAACCACAUCAGCCAAAAUACGGAUCUACGUUCUCAUUGGAGUUGAGGAGACGAAAUGAUACGGGCCAAUAUGGAUUCUUGGCGGUAUACGCUGCAAUAGCGGGAGGUCCAGAUGUAAUUCUGCCAGUCGACGGCUGCGGAGACUCACUGUUCUGUGAUUUCGACACUUUCCUAAGUCUCACCAAGAACGUAGUCAAUACAAGGGAAAGAUUCGAGGAAGAUUGUUUUAAAUAAUUUUAAGAUAAACUGUUCUUCAAAUGAUUACUCUGAAAUUAAGUACAAACCGGUUUAUUAAUAAAAAACUGGUAAAUCGACACUUUGAAAAUGAUUCAUGUUACCCACCGAAUUUAUUAGCGAAAAAUCCAGUGUAGUAAUAUAUACAUUUGCAAAAAAACUUAUUUAGCAUAACGAUUAACUGAAAUUUACAUGUUUAAGAAGGCUUGUUAUAUUUGGUUUAACCUACGUUUUCACUGGAGAUGUUACAGAGAAAAUACUAUUUUAAGAUGGUACUAAAAGAUAAAUUGGUUGUAAUCAUGUGAAAUAAAGAAGAAUAA